AUGACUGGUCAGCUGCGUGACAUUCUGUGGAUUUUCAACGAUGCUACUCUGUACUUCUCUCGUGACACUCCCAACCUGCCCAUGGUCAUACCGGCCAUGGACAUUAUCAAUGAGAAUCUCACUGACAAAUCCCUUGAAGGCUGCUACAAGCCCUGUAUCUACGCUGCAAUCGGCCUUGCAAAGAAGACACUCAACUGGUACUACAACAAGACCAAUCACUCGAAUGUGUACUGGAUCGCAAUGGCCAAGAAGCUAGUGCACAAUGAGUACGAACACCGUGUGGCUGCCCAUCUAGCCUUGAACACUAAUGGUGCUGAGGCAGCCCCUGCUCCUCACAAGCCCUCAGCCAACAUGUUCGACAACCUCCUCAAUAAGAACAUCUCGCAGGCCCCAAAUGAACGCAGUGAGCUAACACGUUAUCUAGCUACGCAGACUGAACAUGUUCACGAUGCACUUGCUUGGUGGUACGUGCACUGCACGGAGUUUUUGCACCUCUUAUGGAUGGCCAUGAGCUAUCUGACAAUUCCGGCGACAUCUGUAGAUGUCAAGUGGCUUUUCAGCAUGGGCCACCUUCUGCUGCCACACAUUCACAACGGGCCAUUGGUGCAUGAUAUCUUAGCUGUUGUGUCUGGUCCUGAGGGUGAGGGGCAAGAUGAAGGGCUUGCAGAGGGAUAG